AUGUGCUUAAGAUAUGGAAAUAGCAGACUACCAACAGCCCAAAGGCAUGCUGUUCCUUUUGUUGUACUUGCUGGCAGUCACAAGUUGUGCCCUCUGUAUCCACACAACCCUGAAGUCUUGCUGAAUGAGUUAAGAUCUCCUUCUGAGCUGCUGGAUUUUGGAGAAUUCUCAGAUGCAUGCAUGGAUUUUCGAAGUGGCACUGGUUCCCCACUUCUGCAUGUUGUCAAUCCUACAUUUGAUUUUGUGCCACCAAAGCUUGUUAGUCUAUUUAUCACUGAUACUGGAGGCCAUAAUCCAUCAUACAUGUACCGACUCCUCGCAGAUUAUUACUCUGCUGAUGAUUUGGUGGUCCAACGGAGACCUGCUACAGGGAGUUGAGUUUAGCUCAUGCUUUUAUAUGAUAU